GACAUGUUGAAGAAAGAAGCUCUCCUCCUCAUUCCCAACGUGCUGAAGGUUUUCCUGGAGAACGGGCAAAUCAAAUCCUUCACGUUCGAUGGCCGAACCACUGUGAAGGACGUGAUGGUGACGCUGCAGGACCGCCUGUCGCUGAGACACAUCGAGCACUUUGCCCUGGUGCUGGAGUAUUCCAGCCCGGAGCAGAGCCACCGCUUCCUGCUGCUCCAGGACAAGCAGCCGCUGGCCCACGUUGUGCAAAGGACACACUACCACGGCAUGAGAUGCCUCUUCCGUGUGAGCUUCUUCCCCAAGGACCCAGUGGAGCUGCUGCGCCGGGACCCUGCAGCUUUCGAGUACCUGUACAUCCAGAGCCGCAACGAUGUGAUCAGAGAGCGCUUCGGCACAGACCCCAAGCCGGAGAUGCUGCUGGGGCUGGCUGCCCUCCACAUCUACAUCACUGUCUCUGCCACCCGCCCCAGCCAGAAGGUCUCCCUCAAGAAUGUGGAGAAAGAGUGGGGCCUGGAGCCCUUCCUGCCCCCCUCGCUGCUGCAGCUCAUCAAAGAGAAGAGCCUCCGGAAAUCCCUCUCGCAGCAGCUCAAAGCCCACCAGCACCAGCCUGGCGGCACCAAGGUCUCCACAGCCCAGGCAAAGCUGCAGUACCUGAGGAUCCUGAACGAGCUGCCGACCUUCGCUGGGGUUCUCUUCAACACCGUGGGGCUGGACGAGAAGCAGCCAGCCACCACCCUGCUGGUGGGACCCCGGCACGGCAUCAGCCACGUCAUUGACCUGAAGACCAACCUCACCACGGUGCUGUCAGAGUUCAGCAAGGUCAGCAAGAUCCAGCUGUUCAGGGAGAACCAGGGCGUGGCCCGGGUAGAGACGAGCAUCCUGGAUGCCAAGCCGCUGGUGUUGCUGAUGGAGUGGCCUGAAGCCACCAACUUUGCCUGCCUCAUCGCAGGCUACUGCCGGCUCCUGGUGGACUCUAAGAAGAUGAUCCUGUCCAGGGCCCCCAGCCAGCCACCCCCACCUCAGAUUAUCAAGGCAGAUUACAUCAACGCACACAACUUCCACCGGCCUGCCACGGCAGGGCACAUGGGAAAGAAAGAGAAUGGGCUGGUGGGUGGCUCUGCCGCUGUCACCGGAGCAGCCGGGGCUUCUGCCACCAGGGCUUCGGACUCGGAGCUCAUCCGCUUCUGCUACCUGCACAUGCGAGAGCAGAGGAAGGAAAGAGAGAGCGGGACGGACAUCAAUGAAAACCUGAUUUUUUUUGAGGAAACUCGUCCCAGGACCAAAUCUGACCCCACUUCCAAAAGCUCUGGCCAAGGCUACAACGGGGCAGCUAAGGAGUACGACCCGGAUGGCCUUGAGCAGGACAGGCAGGGCAGCAGGGCCAGGGCACACACCAUAGACACCCACCUGCGCAGCGACGCCUCCCACCUGUUCUGCGAGUCCUGCCAAGCCAAGAUCAAGAGCCGGCUGGCCUCGGGCACGGGGGGCAAGCCUGGCAGCACCCGCGACACCACGGUGGACUUGAUGUCGCUUCCCCCUCCCGGGAAUGACGAGGAAGAAGACGAGACAACAUCCCUGCUCCCCGCCAUCGCCGCUCCCCCUCCAGGCUUCCGAGACAACAGCUCCGACGAGGACGACCCCAAGCGCCGGGCAGCUGCCCAGGGCCAGGAGCAGGGCCGGCACCUCUGUGGCAUCCUCUACGACGAGAUCCCGGUCACUCUGAUCGACAGCGUGCAGCCACGGACCGUCCGAGACCACGCCCAAGAGCUGGAUGAUGCCCUGGUGUCCACCCUGCAGGCGCUGGAAGCCCUGGCUGCUUCAGAGGAUUGUCCACAUCCCCCACCACAGCAGACAGCAGGUCUUAUUGUCCUGGCUGCCAUCACUCCUGAGUCAUCCUUGGACUCUGGCCACGAAACGAACUCCUCGGAGCUGACCGAUGUCUCGGAGAUGGUCUCUGCUAUGAAGCAGCAUCAGAACGCAGCCUACUUCCUCACCCAACACAUCAACAAAGACAACCUCCUGGCCAGGAAGGACUUGCCUUUCCGAAUCCAGAGCUGUGCUGCCCAGGCUGUUCUCACCUCCCCCUACCCCCUGAGCCGCCAGGACCCCAGCUCCUCACUGAAGCCAGCCUUCUCCACCCAAAGUCCCAGCCUUACCAACUGCAAGAGCAAGCAGGAGCAGCAGCACGGGGAGCGGAGCUGCACCUCGGCUGCCCAGCCAGCCCUGACCCCCCAGCUCAGUGAGCAGAGCAAGGGGGCUUCAGUGCCAAGCUCUGAGUGCAAAGCUGCAGGUCACACAAAAGCUGCCUUUGAGGUAUCUCUGCAUGCCACAGCAGCCCCGAGCAGGGAGCAGGCACAGGAUCUACAAGAGAAAAUGCCCAAAGAGGUGCAGCCGAGCUCCAAGCUGCUCCUGGAUCAGAAAAGCAGCGUAACUCCAGCCAUCAUUUCAGCUGCUCUGCAGCAGGUGGCAAAUGCAAAAGCCUCAGUUCCCCAAGUGGUAUCAGCCUUAAAAGAAGAACAGAACAUGAAUGGUACCAGCAGCUGUGCAUCAGCCAGCAGCAAGCCUUUGACACUUAAAGGAGGUCCACAAACUGCAGAGACAUUAUGCAACUGUCAGCAGCAGCAGCAGCAGCAGCAAGUCUCUCUGCAGCAGCACUGUGAAGUUUCUCCAAAUCCUAAGGAAGCUCCUGGCAGUCAGGCUGAAGCUUUCCACCUUGCCUCAGCAGGUGAGGAAAUUAUGUCCAGUAAGACUUUUGCCUCUAAAAGCUACCAGCAAAAAGUGAAUAGAGAUGCUCCAGGAAAAGCUGCAAGCGGAGAGACAGGUCAGAAGGCAGGUGGGGAAGCCACAAGCCUCGUCUUGCAGAAACACUCAGCUCCUUCAAACCAAGGACAGAAAAUACAACAGGAAAGCUCGGCCAAAGUCUUAAAAGCUGAGAGCAGCAAUGUGCACUCUCCAUCACCUGGUAGCACUUUCAGGAGCACCAGUGAGGAAGCCAAAGGGCCAAUCCAGCUGAUGCCCAGAUCCGAGAGCCUGCAGAUUAGCACUGUGCCUUCCAAAAAAGUAGAGAAAGUCCUGGAGGUAACCCAACAAGAUGCUGAUGUCCCAGCUAAACCCAAAGCCCCCAAAGCUCCCUUCAGGCUUAGGAACCUGUUCUCUGCAACAUUUCCCACCCGGCUGAAGAAGGAGACCGAUGAGCGGCAGGCCCAGCUGCAGAAGGUGAAGCAGUAUGAGCUGGAAUUCCUUGAAGAGCUGCUCAAGCCAAAGAGCAAAAGUGACCUCCCACCACAGGAGUACCUGCACCCGCCUGCCCCUGGGCGCUGCAGCUGCCAGCUGAGGAGCAGUCCCGUGCAAAAAGUCCCAGGGAUGUCCAGGGAGCAAAGGCGUAGCUGUGACUGCAAGCGGAUUUGCAGGGGAAUGAGGCCACCCCCCAACCAGCUGGUGGUACCAGAAGUGGAGAGGCGAGGCAGGGAUAAAGUUCCAGAUGACCAGAAGCAGGUGGAAGCCAUUAGGCUGACCAGCAUGAGCAGCCCUUCCAAAGGCAAACGGAUACGAUCCACAAGUUUAGAGUCCCGAGACAACCGGUCAGAUCCAGAGAACGGCAUGUCCUGUUUGACAACAUGUACCUCCCGAGGGGAGUGCAUGGGUGCACCCCAAUACAGGAAGCUCUUGCGUCGCUACAGUGUCAGUGAAAUAGAUAAGACUGAAAGGACAUCCUUGUCCUCUGACGUCUACCAGAACAUCUACACAACCAAGCAGAAAGGCCCCCAGAAAGAGCCUGAGCCCAGCAUCCUCUGUCCUGUUCUGAAGAGCAAAAUCCAGGAAGCCGCUGGAGUGGCUGACCCCUCCUAUGUCCAGAUAGCACAGGACAAAAAGAACCAGAAGGGUUCAGCAGUGUUCUCUGUCCAGGAGGAGAUGUACCCAAGUCCUGCUGAGCUGCGGGAUGAAGACAUGGAGGAUGAGAAGUGCUGCUCCAUCCGGUACUGCUUCUACUACAGAAAAUGCGAUGUUGCAGAUGAUGGGAGCGAGAAGGAUGAGCUGUCCUAUUCCAUCCCCAUGCAGAUACUCCCGGGAAUGAAGCUGGACAAUCAGAUGGUCCCAGUCAUGAGCAGGACUCUUCAGGUCCUGGAUGCAACAGCCUGCAGCAGUCCCAAUGAGAGCCAGACCCAGGAGAUAGAUUUAAGGACCUCCAGUUUUGAGGGGAGCUUGGCAAAGAUCAACACCCUUCGAGGCCAUGCCUACAGCUUCCCCAAUGGGUUUCUGCAGGUGCAGCUGGACACCAACGAGCUCCUGACCAUCCUGAGGCAGUGUGUGCUGAGCCCUGAGGUCCGGGACUGCAAACCCUACAUCUCCCAGCUGGCUGAGUACAAGCAGGAGCUGGCCCUCAAGUUCAAGGAGUUCCGGGCGUCCUGCCGCCGCGUGGCCGCUGUUGACAAGAGUCCCACCCACAUGCUCUCUGCCAUCACGAGCAGCUUCCAGGUGCUAAGCAGCCUCAUCGAGACCUUUGUGAGGCUGGUGUACGUCGUGCGCUCGGAGUCCCAGCGCCAAGAGCUGCUGACGAAGGUGGAGGAGGUGGUGAGAAACUACACCUUCCUCCUGAAGGCUGCCGAGGAGUCCACGGCCAGAACGCUGAGCCACCAGCAGACUGUGGAGCAGCUCGCCCGCCAGUCAGCCACGGUCGCCACUGUCAUGAGCACCCUCACACGCUCCCUGAAGACGUUGAUCAAUAAGUAA